AUGCUCCUCUUGUGGGCUCCCGUGAGUCUGCUGCUCAGCUUCAUCGUCUCGCGCUCAUGGAGCGUUCAAAUGUCGUGGGAGAACUGGGCUUCCGAGCUGCGAAACCGAGGGGACGAGUUCGAGAAGCCGGGCUCGCAGCCGCACAUCAUCUUCAUCCUGGUGGACGACCAGGGCUUCCGGGACGUGGGCUACCACGGCUCCGAGAUCAAAACCCCGACCCUGGACCGGCUGGCGGCCCAGGGGGUCAAACUGGAGAACUACUAUGUCCAGCCGCUGUGCAGCCCGUCCAGGAGCCAGCUCCUCACUGGGAGGUAUCAGAUUCACACAGGCCUUCAGCAUUCUAUCAUUCGAGCUACCCAACCCAACUGCCUACCCCUGGAAAAUGUCACCCUUCCUCAGAAACUGAAAGAAGCAGGCUACUCCACACACAUGGUGGGAAAGUGGCACCUGGGUUUCUACAAGCGUAGCUGCCUUCCUACACAGCGGGGUUUUGAUACGUUUUUCGGCUCCCUGCUUGGCAGCGGGGACUAUUACAGUCACUACAAAUGUGAAGGGCCUGGUAUUUGUGGCUAUGACUUGUACGAAGGGGAAGAAGCAGCCUGGGAACAGGACCAUGGUUUGUAUUCCACUGUGAUGUUCACGAGAAAGGCUAUCAGUAUCUUGGCCAAUCACAAUCCUCGCAGACAACCCUUGUUCCUGUACUUGGCCUACCAGGCAGUUCAUUCCCCAUUGCAAGUUCCUGACCGAUACCUGGAGCGCUACAAAGGCAUUCCAAACCUUCAAAGACGUAAAUACGCUGCCAUGGUUUCAUGCCUUGAUGAAGCUAUUCACAACCUCACGAUAGCGCUAAAACGCUAUGGGUACUAUGACAACACUAUUAUAGUGUACUCUUCUGACAAUGGGGGACAGCCAUUUGUUGGUGGAAGCAACUGGCCCUUAAGAGGGAGUAAGGCAUCUUACUGGGAGGGGGGGAUUAGGGCAGUGGGCUUUGUUCACAGUUCCCUGUUAGUGAACAAAGGGACAAAAUGUCGAGCUUUGGUCCACAUUACAGACUGGUUUCCUACACUGGUGACCCUGGGUGGAGGUACUUUAGAUGAAGAUCUUAAUCUGGAUGGCUAUGAUGUUUGGGAUGCUAUCAGUGAAGGUCACCCUUCACCUCGCCUAGACAUCCUUCAUAACAUUGAUCCAAUUUAUAUUAAAGCCAAGAAUGGAUCUUGGAAGGCUGGGUAUGGCUUAUGGAACACAGCCAUUCAAGCCGCACUUCGGGUGGGCCACUGGAAACUGCUUACAGGUGUGCCAGGCUACAGUGACUGGGUACCUCCACAGACCUUCUCCAGCCAGCGGCUAACCAGUCGCUAUCAUAAUGAACGAAUUCGUUGGGACCGGGGCAAGUCCGUUUGGCUGUUUAACAUCACUGCUGAUCCAUACGAGAGAGUGGACUUGUCUCAGCGUUACCCGCACAUUGUGAAGAAGAUGCUAAUUCGACUAGCACAGUACAACAAGACUGCUGUACCAGUUCGCUAUCCAGCCAAAGACUUACGCUCAAACCCACAGUACAACGGAGGGGUGUGGGGGCCCUGGUACAAGGAUGAGAAAAAAGAACAGGAGGAGGAGAAAUACAAUAACUUUUUUUUGACAAACCAUCUUAGACAAAGGAAACUGAAAAAUAGAUCAAAAAAUAAAAAGUUUAAAAGAAAGACACAACACUAGCUAAUCAUGUAUGUGAAAAAAAUAUGUUUGCCUUCACUCAGGGAUUAAUGCUUCUGGUUU